UGAUGAUGGCGUCGCAAACGAAGCCAGACGCGUGUCACCGAGGUGAAGGCGCCUGUUGUCAGAGAGGAUGCGGACUCCCGCUGUCCUCUGAAGACUCCAACAAAGUGGAGCAGCACUGCUGCGUGGACGCGCUCCGUGCCGUCACCGACGCGCUGGAGGAGAAAAGCGCCGCUUUGGAGCAUGAAUCCCGGAUGGCGAGGCUCAGGUGGAACAGGAGGGAGCAGUUCCUGUUGGCCCAGGUGUCCGCGCUACAGAACGAGGCGCAGCUCGCUGCCCUCAGGUACCAGCGCAGACUGCACCAGUACACGCUGCACAUCAACGGCAUCGCAGAGCAGCUCGUUGGAUACUGCAAGAGUGACUUAAAGACACCCGCUGACAGCCACACAUCAGGCAAAGCAACACCUGCAGAGGGGGAGUCAGCGGAGGGACAGCUCACCCUACCUGAGGUAAACGGAAAGGAGCUGUCCAAGUCCAACCAUGAGGAGACAGUGGAGGCCUUUUGCAGUGCCAAGGAACCCGUCGUGGUGCAGGUCAUCAGGCGGACCCCCAGCGGCAGACCCCAUGGCCCCCUUCAGGAAAUCCACGUGGUGGACGUGUGCACUCAGACCGACAUCACCUUCGAACACAUCAUGGCGCUGGCAAAGCUGCGCCCUUCGACCCCUCCCGUGCCUGACGUCUGUCCCUUCCUUCUCUCUGACAGCUGUCAUUCUCUUCAUACAAUGGACCAGGAUUACUAUGAAGGGACGGACUACCUCUCCCCCAUUCCUGCUGAUGGAGAGAGGACAGAAGAGUUUGAGUAUGAGGAAGUGGAACUUUAUCGACUCAACAGCCAAGAGAAGUUGGGCUUGACUCUGUGCUACAGGACGGACGAGGAGGAGGAUGUAGCCAUCUAUGUCAGCGAGAUCAGUCCAAACAGCAUUGCAGCCAAAGAUGGACGCAUCCGAGAGGGCGAUCGCAUCUUACAGAUUAAUGGCCAAGAUGUUCAAGACAGAGAAGAAGCAAUGGCUGCGCUCUCCAGCGACGAGUGUCGGAACAUCGUACUGCUGGUUGCCAGACCUGAGAUGCAGCUGGAGGAGGCCUGGCUGGAUGAUGAGCACAGUGAGUUCCUGGAGCAGCUGAAGAUGGAAAUGUUGGAGGAGCAGCAGAGAGAGGAGAUGGAAUUAGCUGCCUUGCAGGAAGAACAGGAGAAUGAACAGACAGCCGAGGAUGAGAAGCCCACCUGCUCCACACUCCCUCAUCACAAGAACAGCGUGUUGAGUAUUAAAGACAGAAUGGAAAGCUCAGAAAAUAACGUCCUGGCGCACAUCCAGAGACGCCUGUCCCAGUGCCUGAGAGACAGUCGGGACACACAUUGUACCAUUGGCUCCACGCGGCUGGAGGACAAAGAGGACGAGGACGAUGAUGAGAUGGAAGGUGAUCGAUUUCAGCAGCUCUUGGAGCUGAAGUGUCAGAUUCGUAACAGUGGCGAGUACGAUCUGUUCUACAGCCGCCGCAGCACCAUUGAGUGCAGCAAGGUGGAGCAGGGCGGCGUACAACACGAGCUGCGCAUGCUCAACGAGGAGCUGCGCAGCAUCGAGCUCGAAUGUCAGAACAUCAUGCAGGCCCACAAGCUUCGGAAAGGUCAGGAAUCAGGCCGCUCUCCUCCCUCCACCAAAAACCAAAGCCUCCUCCAUGGCAACCCCACACGGGGAAAGUUGACAGAUGUUAAUGAGAGGCUGGAGAAAUCAGACAAGGACAGCUCCAGUGCCUAUAACACAGCAGAGAGCUCACGCAGUACGCCUCUGGCAAUGGACCGCUCUCCGGAGCACUCACUCCAGAGGAUGGUGAGUCUCACCAACCAGAAGAACCUCUGUAGCAGCCUAGCCACUGCCCAUUCUCUUAGCCUGAGCCCUAUCCCAGCAUGCCAUGCUCCGGUCCCAGGCAAGAGCAGCAGCCCUGACCACAGCAAUCCAUCUGAGUCCGACCACACAACUCAGGCCGAGGACGCGAGCAGAGGGACAUUAAAAAGGACACAUGCUUGCCAGAUUCCCUAUUUCUCCCCGUCCCACAGUUCCCAGCAAAGACAGACAAACAUUCCAGCUCACGCCCGCCACUACCAGAGCUACAUGCAGCUGAUCCAGCAGCGCUCAGCUGUCGAGUACGCUCAGAGCCAGCUCAGCCUGCUCAGUGUGUGCAAAGAGCCUCAGAGGCCCCUUCAUGAGCCCAAGAUGGAGUGGAAGGUCAAGAUCCGCAGCGACGGCACCCGCUACAUCACCAAGAGACCUGUGAGAGACAAGAUCCUGAAGGAGCGAGCCCUGAAGAUUAAAGAAGAGCGGAGCGGGGGGAUGACCACGGACGACGACGCAAUGAGUGAAAUGAAGAUGGGACGGUACUGGAGUAAAGAGGAACGAAAGCAGCACCUGGUCAGAGCAAAAGAACAGAGGAAAAGACGGGAGUUCAUGCAGCGCAGUCGUCUGGAGAGUUUGAAGGAGAAUCCGCAGAGCAGCAGCGAGGGUCGCAAGGAAGUCAGCAUCAUCGAGCUCAGCCACAAGAAGAUGAUGAAGAAACGCAACAAGAAAAUCCUUGACAACUGGAUGACGAUCCAGGAGCUGAUGACUCACGGGACUAAAGCCCCAGAGGGAGCCAAGGUGCACAAUGCCUUCCUAUCAGUCACUACUGUAUAAAAAUAAAAAUAAAAACCACACAUUCUACCCCAUGCGGUAUAAUAUACUUGCCUCGUUCAAUGUGGCAUUUUUAAGAGGACAAUAGGAAUAUUUUUCACACUUUGUAAUCCAAAAAAAAGCAUUUUGUAAAGAAUUUAUCGGUGGUGUUUAUGACAUUUUCUUCACCUUUUUUCCCCAGUCUUCUUUUUCACAUCACUCAACAAAAAAACCUUUUUUCUAUAAAGUUACGACAAUAUAAUUAUUUUAUUACUCCACACUAGACAUGUAUCUUUUCAAUUCUAUUUUCAUAUUUACGUUGUAACCGUAUCAAUUAUAGUUGUGUGAGCGUCUUUGAAGCUGAAAACGUCGUGGUGUUCGAAGGUUAAAAUUGUCGGCUACUUUAAAUCAUAACACACAUUGGGCCAAGUAACAUGAAUACAGAUCGAGGUAACACUGAAUGCUUUUGUGUGUUUCAAAACCAUAAUUUAUUUUAUCAAGUAACAUAAACUGGCGUGUCACGGUGUUGAGCCCCUUUUCCACUAGACCCCAGCACGCCUCGCCUCGGCACGGCGCGGUUAUUUUGCGUUUCCAUCAGCGAUAGUACCUGAUACUUUUUCUAGUACCUGCUCUGGCGAGGUUCCAAGCGAGCUGAGCCGGUACUCGGCGUGACGUUGUCGGACUGCCGGCCACUGAUUGGUCAGAGAGUGUCAUCACACGAGGAGGCACGAGCCGAACUGUAGAUCAGUUAAAAAGACACAAAAUAACUGCUUUACAAGUCACUCGUCACUAGUUUGUGUGUGUGUGUCGUGUAUAAAAUGAAGUCGUGGCCGCGCAGUGAUGACUCCGCCCACGUUGAGGAGGUACUAUUGUAAUGGAAAACCAACCACAUCGCGCCGAGCCGAGCCGAGCCGAGCUGAGGCGAGCUGGGACCAUGUAGUGGAAACACGGCAUGAGAUCGCUGAUUUUCGGCCAGCAGCAAACUAUGAUAAAAUUCUCUAAACGUAUUAUCAGACGUUUUCUAAAAGCACAUCUUAAAAGUGGUAAACUCAUUUUGCGGGGACGAUUGUCGUGUCCUGUGUGUCUGCGUUACAGCUUUGGAUAAUAUAUUUUAUAUUCACUCAUAUUUUUGAACAUUUUCUACAUAUUCAAGCAGAUCAUGGAGCUGCUCAUGCCUUUUACAUACUAGUAUUUUUCAAACAUUUACUCUCCACAUGCGUCGCCUUGACACAGCGGUGUGUGGCGACAUGAUUUCAUACACAAACGGUAAACUAAAGCAACCGAGCGGUAUCACGCAGCCUUAUUCAUACUUUUCCUAAUUUAACAGGAAACAUUCAUAACUAUUUUAUAGUUUACAGAGUUAUGUUGGCAGUCACGCGCUGGUGUUUGGAUGACUGCCACUGAGCAGGACUCAGAACACAAGACUACCUUCACGCUACAGUUCAGUUACUUGUACAGUACACCGUUCCCAAACGCCCAAUAUUGUUUUGCUGAAAUAUUGUAAAUUUCAAUUUUAAACAAAUCCCAGUAUUUGUUUUGAGUAAAUGUCUGAUUCAAGUAAUGCGUAGUUGGCACAUUUGUAGCCAAGUAAAAAUGUGUGCUAAUGGUGAACUUUGCAAAAAAGAAGUGAUAAUAAAUUAUUGGUUUUUGGUAUAACAUGGCACCGAA